UAGUAUUGUUUUGUGGUGGGAUUGAAUUGAAAUUUGUUUGGCAAGAUGUGGUGGAUCCUGAGGCGGGCUAGGCUCACCGGAGCGUCUCUCUUCAGCCAAGCUUCGGGGACGACAAACAAUAACAAUACAAAGACAGAAUCGCGGCCGCCUCGGAAAAACUACAACCAGUUGUCAUCGAAUGAGAAACUUGAUAAUAGACAAACUGAAGACGUUCAUAUCGAAGACGCAGAAAUAGAUUCAGAUGCGAGUAGUACUGACCUAGACGACCGUGAAACUCGCGGCGUUUGUCCCCCUUGUGCGCAUGACCGCUACAACAACAACAUCCGUCGGCACGUCCACGAUGACUUUAGUGAUGACACAGAUUAUGACGAGGCGCUAACAUGCAACGUGUGUGACCGAUCGUUCCCCACGCGCCGGCAGCUGGCCGACCACCAACAGAAGAAGCGACACUUCGGAUGUGGCGCGUGCGACAGUCUCUUCCCCUCAUUGAUGGCGUUGGAGCACCACAAAGAGGAGUUCCAGCACUGGAGCGACUCAUCGUACUGCUCCCACUCUGAUUCGGAAGACAGCGAGCUGGAGGCGUGCCAUGAGGACCGGCAUCGACUGCUAUAAUGCCAUCAUCUCAUUAUUGCCGGGGAUAGGCCCUCCAAAUUGGGCACUUUUGUUUGAACUCUUGAAUUGGGAUUUACAUGGUUAGCCAAGAUCUGUCGAACUAAUACUGGCCUAUUUAUUUAUUAAUAUUUUACGUAUGCGUUCAUGAGUUACCUGGAAUUUCUUAUAGAUCGUGGAAUGAAUAUGCAAAUUAAAAAUAAUAGUUUCUUUCGCCUUGGUAGUGGCAUACGGCGGGAGAUCAAUCAGGUCAGUUAAGCCAUUAUGACGAAUUUUAUGAGAUUAAUCAUAGUUGGUAGGACCGCGUGGUUUUGCGUGAUCCUUUGUGGCUCGAAGUUGGCUACAAGUGCUAAACAUGUAAAUCAACCGUUAUAUAUCACGGAAAUAACACGACCUUACUCUUAAGAUGUCAUAAGAGUAUCAAGUGCUCAAACAGAGCAUCUCCGAUUUCCUCCGGGUGAUUUAUGUGUAUAU